ACUUUUACUUUGAAAAAAACAUGGAGACGGAAGUGCAUUUUGUCAUGGAUGCCUGAGACCUGUGCAAAGGUGGCUGGACCAUAAAAUAUCUGGACUUUAGACUUCUUUAAAAGACCUGUGCUGCGCAUUGGGCGUUGCCCUUGCGGGAGUAGGGUUAUAUUCCAACAAGUUGCUUAUUCAGUCGGCCAGUGACCAUGGCGUUUCAUCUUAAAUCGGUCAGUGGUGGACCACUUGUUUUGGAUGGAGGCCUGGCAACUGAGCUGGAAGCAACAGGUUUGAAAUUGCAGGGGGAUCCUUUGUGGAGUGCAAGAAUAUUGCAUACUAACCCACAGGCUGUAAAAGAUGCUCAUUCUAGAUUCCUCUGCAGUGGAGCAGACGUUAUCACCACGGCCACUUACCAAGCUAGCAUACAGGGAUUUAUCACUCACCUGGGCAUGAACUCUGAACAGGCGGGGGAACUGCUCAUGUCAGGAGUACGUCUGGCCAGAGAGGCGGUGCAACAGUUCACAACAGACAACCCUUCACCUGAGCGGCAGGUUCCUCUGGUGGCGGGCUCAGUCGGGCCGUACGGCGCUUAUCUCCAUGACGGUUCCGAGUACACAGGAGUUUACGCGGAGGAGAUGAGUGUUGAGGAGCUGAAAGCUUGGCAUCGGCCUCAGAUUCAGUGCCUGGUUACGGCGGGGGCCGACCUGGUCGCCAUGGAAACCAUCCCAAGCGUCAAAGAGGCCGAGGCUCUGGUGGAGCUUCUCCGAGAGUUUCCGAGCGCCGCGGCCUGGCUCUCGUUCUCCUGUAAGGUACUCGCCGCCGCUGUGGAUAACGAGCUACAAGUUGCCAUGACGAGGGACAUGGCUGAUUUGUAUAUCACAAUCACAUGUGUAACCGCUUCCCCUCAGGACGAGAGGUGUGUGUCCGACGGCAGACGGUUCACAGAGGCCGUCCAGGUGGCCAGCAGGUCCAAGCAGGUGGUGGGCGUGGGGGUGAACUGCUGCCCUCCUGGCCUGGUCACACCCCUGCUAGCCUCGGCUGUGACCCAGAAGACCCCAGACUUUGGCUGGGUGGCCUACCCCAACAGUGGGGAGGGGUGGGAUGUGGAGUCUGGGUGGAGGCCUUCGGAAAACAUUGUGCCCAUAGCAGAGCUGUGUGUUGAGUGGAUGACCCAGGGAGCGUCACUCAUAGGAGGGUGUUGUCGUAUUCGCCCGGCCCAAAUAGCAGAGCUGCGUCAACAGCUUUACAGAGGACUGGACACUCACAGGACAGCGCUGUGUGAUUAAAAUGAUGUGGAAUAUAACAGGCUGUAAACUCCAUGCAGACAUGCACCAGCUAUAUUUGACAAUAUUAAUACAAACUUCCAACAGGCUUUUAAGGAAAUUAUAGUAAUAUAAAUGCAUUUAUAUAUUUUUU